AUGGAUGAAAGCAGAACAGGAAAGGAUAUCGAAAAUGAGAGGAACAAGAAGUGGAAGAUGGCAUUCACGGCCCGGAUGAGGCAGAUUGUCCCUGGUCUCUUUCUUGGAAAUAUUGAGGCAUCGCACAAACGGGAUAUACUUCAAGAAAAUCAUAUCAACGCAAUUGUCUCUCUUACCAAUGCUCGAUGGGUAUGGUGGAACUCUGCUACAAGAGAGGCAGGUAUCCCAGAGCAUCGUCACAGAUGGGUUCAGUGUGCAGACUCGUCAACGCAAGACCUCCUUGCUUAUAUGAGCGAUAUUUGCGACUUUAUCGACCAAAUGGUAUCUCCUGCUCUUUCCUCAUUGUCCUCUUUGCCUGUCGACCACAAAUAUACUACAAAUGAUGAGCCACGCGGUACACCUUCGGAGGCGAUAUUAAUACACUGUGAUCUUGGUAUAUCACGCUCGCCGACAAUCAUUAUCGCAUAUCUUAUGCGCAAACUCCGCAUCCAGAGAGUGGACAUAUUGAAUUUUGUCCAAUCCAAACAAAAAGUCAAACCAAGCCCGAAUCUUACUCGUCAACUUGAAGUUUGGGAGGAGACUGGAUAUCAAGUAUGGGAGAACGAAGAUAGGACCAUCCCCAAAGCUCCAUACAAAGUGUUUCUGGAAGAUCGUGCUGCGCUUUUGAAAAAGAAGGGGCUAACCGGGAAUGAGCCACUCGCACCCCAGAAUCUUUAA